AUUCCUUUCCCACCAAAAUUUUUUGUCAGCAACAUAACACUAUGACGCUUGCCCUGCUCAGUCUACAGGCUUCGGAUUUCCAGUUUUAAGCAGAAAAAUCUGUAGGUCUUCAGUUGGAACUUUUCUUCCUACAAGAAGGCUCACGCACUUGAAUGCUAUCUGGUUGUUUAGUCUGCCGAACUUGUGGGUUUUUGUUGGAACAACAAUAAGAAUAAUGGGUCGAAGGAAGCAAUUUCGGCCACGUCGCGCGGUAGGGUUGCAGCAGGGACAAACCUCCCAAGCAGCAGAAUUGGAUGACGUCACUGAAACUACUGGUACUAAACCUGAGGAGCAUGACGAAUUGAUCGAUAUCGGUGUUGAUAAGCCAUAUUUUGUUCAAGUGGAUACUAGGGCUAGUUGGGAUACGGCCAGCCAGCAUUUUGAUAUUUCAGAAAUUGUUUUAUCAAAUUUGGAAUUAAAUCGAGAAUUCUACGGGUAUGCUUUGAACGAGGAAGAAUUUUAUGGAGAUUCUUCGAGGUUUUCGUUGAUAUUUAGUUUGAGCAAUGUAGAUGGGUAUCUUAAUCGAAUGAAAUUGGGGCAUUGGCCUGAAUUAUCUGCCUCUAGCAUUUAUUUACAAUUUGUGGUGAGACGUGUGACCGAGGGAAUGGAGAGCAAUGCUGUGAUGGUGUCCGGGAAUUUUGACGGCCCAGAUGAGGCUGUUUCGGGUCUUGUUCAUUUAGUUAGCUUGAAUUUCUUGACUUUGAGGCCUAUUUUGAAGUUCACAUUAUCGGAAGAUUUGCAGUCUGUGAGGAUGAGGGUUGAGAUUCUGAGAAGGGCAUUCGAUGCUUGUGAUUCACUUCUUGAUACUACGAGGCAACUUUGGAAGAAGAGUAUGAUGAAUGUCAUGGCUUGGCUGCGUCCUGAAGUCUUGACUUCUGAGGCUAGAUAUGGAUUUAGUCCUGCACCAAUUGGGAAGAGCAUUGAUUCAAAUGCAGAUGCAGGAGAUAACUCCGCUUCUUCAAGAAAGAAUCGAACACGUUUUGAUGUUGCCCGUUUUUAUGAAGCUAUUAAGCCAUCAAAGGAGGAACCUAUGCUGGAUGUUCAAUUGCCCAACUUGCUUCCUGAACUUAGACCGUACCAAUGUCGUGCAGCUCACUGGAUGAUUCAGCGUGAGAAAGGAGUUUCUGAAUGUUCUGGGAGUGGAAAAGAUCAGUUUGUUAACCCCCUUUGUAUGCCUUUGAAUCUAAUCGAAGCAUCUGCAACAUUGUACUACAAUCCGUUUUGUGGAAACAUCUCCUUGCGUCCAGAGUAUCUGUCUUCUUAUGUUUCUGGCGGUAUUCUCGCUGAUGAGAUGGGCCUGGGGAAAACUGUUGAGCUGCUUUCUUGUGUCUUUGCUCACCGCAUGUUGUCAUCUGAGGUUUUGGGUUUGCCACAUAGUGAAAUGCAAGAUGAUGGACAGAAAAGAAUCAAUCUCAGACGACUGAAAAGGGAGCGGGUUGAAUGCAUAUGUGGUGCUUUGACUGAAAGCAUCAAGUACAAAGGAUUGUGGGUGCAGUGUGAUGUGUGUGAUGCUUGGCAACAUGCUAAUUGUGUAGGUUUUUCUGCUAAAAGGAAAAUGCGAGUAUCCACAAAUACUUCAGAAGAACAAGAAUUUAGCAAACAUUCAACUGGAAACUACCAAAAGUUUAGUAGAAGGAAAAACAACACCAAGAUAGUUGUCAUGGAAGGAGUUCAUAUUUGCAGUCUUUGUUCAGAAUUGAUCCAAGCUACUGAAUCUCCAGUAUCCACAGGGGCAACUCUUAUAGUAUGUCCUACACCCAUAUUGUCCCAGUGGCAUGCUGAAAUAAUUCGUCACACGACUCCUGGUUCCCUUAAAAUUUGUCUUUACGAUGGUGUUAAGGACACUUCGUGUUCAGAUACACCUGCCGUGGACAUAAAUGAGCUUGUGAAUGCUGAUAUUGUCUUGACAACCUAUGAUGUACUUAAGGAGGACUUAUCGCACGACUCCGAUAGGCAUGAAGGUGAUCGUCGCUGUAUGAGAUUUGAGAAGAGAUACCCAGUUGUCCCAACUCUCCUGACUAGAAUACUAUGGUGGAGAGUAUGUUUGGAUGAAGCUCAGAUGGUCGAGAGUAAUGCUGCUGCAGCAACAGAAAUGGCACUAAGGCUACAUGCCAAGCACCGGUGGUGUAUUACAGGGACUCCCAUACAGAGAAAGCUUGAUGACUUAUACGGGCUUUUGAAAUUCCUCAGAGCAUGCCCUUUUGAUGUUUUUAGGUGGUGGGCUGAAGUCAUACGUGAUCCCUAUGAGGCAGGGGAUGCAGGAGCUAUGAUGUUUGAACACAGUUUUUUGAGAAAGAUAAUGUGGCGCUCUUCAAAAGUGCAUGUUGCAGAAGAGCUACAUAUUCCUCCCCAGGAAGAAUCAGUAUGACCAAUUGAGGAGCAUUUUUACCAGAGGCAGCAUGAGACUUGUUUAAAAGAUGCCCAUGAGGUGAUUAGAAAUUUGAAGAAUGACGUUGUCAAGAGAAAAGCACCAGGUUCCAAAACUUCUGAUAGUUUAUCUGAUGAGUUCAUUACGCAUGUGGAGGCUGCAAAGAUGUUUAACUCACUCUUGAAGCUUCGACAAGCUUGCUGCCAUCCUCAAGUGGGAAGUUCUGGUCUACGUUCUUUGCAACAAUCUCCCAUGACCAUGGAGGAGAUACUGUUGGCUCUUGUAGGUAAAACAAAGAUAGAAGGAGAGGAAGCUUUGAGAAAAUUAGUCUCUGCAAUAAAUGGACUUGCAGGUAUAGCUGUACUUAAGCAAGAUUUUGCACAAGCAGUUUCAUUGUAUAAGGAAGCACUUGCUUUAGCUGAAGAAAACUUGGAAGAUUUUCGCUUGGACCCUUUGUUGAACAUACAUAUCCAUCAUAAUCUCGCUGAGAUACUCCUGUUGUCAUCAGACAAUAAAAAACAAUCACAGAAUGUCCAUAGAAGCUUUAAAGAAGAUGUAUCCAUGGUAUGUGAUCUUGAAGAGAGUGAACAACGUGCUGUAAAAAGGGCAAAAAUUGAUGCUGGAAACUCUAAUAUGAUCAUUGACUCUGAGAAAUUACCCGAGCAACCAUGUUAUGCUGAGGCAAAUGGUUCCAGUCAGAAAGCAUUCAUUGUUGAUCCACAUGCUUCAUCUCAAUCAACAAGUGAUCAAUUUUUCAGAACAGUAUGUGAGAAUUUAAAGCAGAAAUACUUAUCUCUCUUCUAUUCAAAAUUGUCCAUGGCUCAACAAGAGUUCUGGAAGUCAUAUGAACAGGUUUCUAGUGAGUUUAGCAACAGGAAAAGCCAGCACAUGACUUGGUGGUUAGAUGCCCUGCAUCAUCUCGAGCAAAACAAGGACACAUCAAGUGAGUUGAUCAGGAAAAUAGGGGAAGCUCUCUCUGUUACUCUGAGUACUUCACGUACAUCAAGAAUUGCAUCCUGCUUUGGUAGCAUAACAAGCCUAAAAUAUUACAUUCAGACUGGCCUGGAUUCAUUGGAAGAGUGUAGGAAAAACGUACUUGAUAGACUUUUGGAGAUCGACUGCACAAUGGAAAAUCCAAGCGAGGCAGAUAUUGAUCGUGUAAGGCACUGUCCAAACUGUCAAGAUAAUGAUCAUGGUCCUCUCUGUGUCCACUGUGAGCUGGACGAUUUGUUUCAGGUUUAUGAGGCCAGGCUUUUCCGUACAAAUAAAGGAAGGAAUGGUGAGGUGAUAACUUCUGCUGAAGAAGUAGUAGAUUUGCAAAAGAAAAAAUCUGCACUCAAUCACUUUUAUCGCACUUUGUCACAACCUGACCCUAAGUCAGCUUUGACUACUAACAAGUAUGAAGAUGAUGGAAAGAAGAGGGAUGUCAAGGAGAAAGUGAUGGUUUCAAAAUCUCCCUCUGAUUUGGAGGUGGUGCUUGGGAUUAUCAAGAACAACGCCAAGGGUUUGUUAGAAAGAGAAGGCACAUCAGCAGCUGCGAAGCACCUAUUUCUUCUUGAGGGAAUGCGCAAGGAAUAUGCCUAUGCAAGGUCCUUGGCUCGUGCCCAAGCUCAUGUGCUUAGGGCUCAUGAUGAAAUAAAGAUGGCAAGCUCACGAUUGCGACUAAAAGAAGAUGAAAAAGAUAAUUCAGUUGAUGCCUUGGGUCCUGAGGAGUUAGAUGCUGCAAGUACUCAAAAUUCUAGUGAUAAAUUUCUGGCAGUGUCUUCAUUGGCACGUAUCAGAGGACAGCUUCGUUAUUUGAAGGGUUUGGUGCAAUCUAAACAAAACUUGCAGUCAGAAUGUUCAAAUGAAUCAACUUUAACUGAAUCUGCCAAGGCCUCUGUCGCUUCUGCAACGGAAGAUGAACGAUGCCAAACUAAAGCUGAUGUGGAAUUUUGCCCAGUUUGUCAAGAGAAGCUCAGAGGCCAAAAGAUGGUAUUCCAAUGUGGGCAUGUUAUUUGUUGUAAAUGUUUAUUUGCAAUCACUGAACAGAGAUUUGUUCACCAUGGAAAUAAGUGGGUAAUGUGCCCAACUUGCCGACAGCAUACUGACUAUGGAAAUAUAGCUUUUGCUGAUGAUAGACAUAAUGCCUCUGAUGCAUCUUCCAUGCUGGCUUGUGCAAACUCUGAAACUUUAACAGUCCAAGGUUCAUACAGUACGAAGAUUGAAGCAGUGACAAGGAGAAUUUUAUCCAUCAAAUCCAAAGAUCCAAUAGCAAAGAUUCUUGUUUUUACCAGUUGGAAUGACGUUCUUGAUGUGUUAGAGCAUGCUUUUACAGCCAAUAGUAUCAGCUACAUCCGGAUGAAAGGAGGCAGGAAAUCACAUGUUGCCAUAAGCCAUUUCAGAGGGCAGAAUAAUGACAUAAAAGGAAGUGGAAAGAGGAAGAAGAACGGGAAACCAGUAGAUGAUUUUGUUCAGGUGUUAUUGCUCCUAGUCCAACAUGGUGCCAAUGGCCUCAAUCUUUUGGAAGCUCAGCAUGUCAUUCUUGUGGAGCCGCUGCUCAACCCUGCAGCAGAAGCACAAGCAAUAGGGAGGGUGCAUCGAAUUGGACAGGAGAACAAGACACUCGUUCAUCGUUUUAUAGUUAAAGAUACGGUAGAGGAAAGCAUAUACAAACUAAACAGGAGCAGGAAUACAGGCUUUUUCGUGAGUGGAAACCGAAGAAACCAAGAUCAGCCAGUUUUGACCUUGAGAGAUGUGGAGUCCUUGUUCAGAGUAGUUCCGUCUUCAGAUAUGGACGAAGAAAAGGAAAGUGGGAGCUUGAUGCACUUACCACCUUCUGUAGCUGCUGCUGUAGCUGCUGAGAGGAGGCUAUUGGAGGGCAAAGCAUGACGUGAGUGAGGCUCUCACUUGCAGGUUAAUAUUCAUGCAACACGUAGGUAGGGGGAGAGAGUUGAAAGGGCGUGUAACUGGAACAUAAUUUAUUGAGAUUGUUCCAGACCAGUGGUCACUAAAAGCUGUUCUGUUGUCUUGUUUAUAAUAGCUCGGAGAGAUUAAAAUUAAAUCAGGUAGUCCAGUGGGGACCAUGCAAGCUUGUUGCUGUUAGUCCCCUCUAGAAUUUUUUACCGACUUCACUGAUUCUUGUGUAUAUUUAGUGUCUGGGAAGGUGAAAUUGAUAAAAAGAAUUUGUAAUUGAUUAUUAGUGGGAAAAACAAAUGUCAUGUGGUGUUAUUU